AUGAAAGCAUGGCCUACCGAAGUGUCUGACACUUCGCUGAUGGCCUUUGUGUUAGUCGUCUGCGCUAGGUCGUAUGUUCGUAACGCCAUGCAGGCAGCGCAAAGCGAUGAUGGGCACGUGGCGACAAUGCGUGGGUCCAAGGCUAGGGGCACUCCAAAGAGUUGA